GCACCGCCUACCCCAGGCCCCUCGGGUCGCGCAGAAGACAAACAGCGCGCCUGUGUCCGGUCGAGAGGGUGGGCGCCAAUGGAGAACCAAGAACAUUCAGGCUCAUCUGCGUUUUCGGAUGGGCAUGACACGACAGAAAUAGCCGUUCCCCGCGAAGUCCAUCCGAAGCCCUUUGUAGUCAGGCUCCUCGACGUGCACAAGCUUGAGGAGCCGGAGGAACCCGAAGAACCCGAAGAACCCGAGGAACCCGAGGAGCCGGAGAAACCCGAGGAGCAGGAGGAACCGGGGGAGGCCAACGAGCAGAUCACGCGAGACCGGGGCAUUGAGUUUUAUGGGUCCGAGGAGACAUCUGAACCCCACAAACCCUAUGAGCCCCACAAGCGCUAUGAGCCCCACAAGCGCUAUGAACCCCACGAACCCGACGAGCCGCACGAACUCUAUGAACCCCAAGAGCCCCACGAAGCCUACGAGCCCCAUGCACUGCGCAAUCACAGUAAACGCCUGGGAUCCCGUAAGCCCCGGGGGCUCUCUGCUUCCCGCGAGACCCACAAGCCCCACGAAGCUGAGUUGCUUCCCAGCGCCGCCGUAGUGACCGCCCCUUCUCUGGUGACCAGAUUCCCGCCAAGGAUUCCGCUAUCUUGCCUGAGCGAUACUGGUCCCUUUGGCAUUGCAAGGAAAUGUUUUUUUUCUAGGAAGAGAAUCCAAGACCUUUCUAGGCCUAAAAAACAAUGGGGAACCCCAGAUAGAAAACUGUUUUGGGGGAAUCAAGAUCCUAUUCGCCCUGUUUCCCAGUUUGCUUUGAAGGCUCAGCUGACCAAAAGACUUGAGGACCUUGCCCAUCCCAAGGAAGUCUCCCACCGAUACGUACCUAACAGGGCUCAAUAUUACUACAGCUGUGGUAGAGAGUCUAUAAUCUGGGAGGUCCCUUCUGCUGCACUGUUUAGCCAGCCAUCCAAAAGGAUCCAGAAGCUGGCACUGCCCAACAGAUUCAAGAAAGAAUAUCUAUUAAAUAGGCCCUACAGUGAUUACUUAACAAGAAGUUCUCAUCAAAUCUCUGAUCCUUCACCCCGUUUAUUACAACUGUCAAUAGCCAAAGCCAUAAAUCCAAACUAUGUUCCUCCAAAAAAGAUUGAAACCAAGAUUGCAGCUUCUGCCCUGAGUGCUGUUGCAACUCCAAGAAUUAUAGACCUUGCCCAUCCAAGGAUCAAGAUAGAGGGUCUGUGCUUUGAAAGAGAAAGAUGUGAAAUGCCCAUCCGUCCUAUAUCCCGUGCUGCCUUGCUAACCAAACCUAGCCCUCGAAUAAUAGCUCUAGCUGAGGCCAAGCCUCUUCAUCAAGAUUAUCUACCUGUCCGUGAUGCCCAUUGGCCAGUAUCUUAUGCUGCUAUCCAUUACAAAAUAUCUCCCAGAAUUCAAGAACUAGCUAAUCCAAAUACAAGGUCUCCUGUGCAUAUUAUAUAUUACGAUCCAAAUGUCUUUAAAGUCAAGCCAGCUGCUCUGAAAACACAGUGCUCUCCGAGGAUCCAGGAGUUGGCAGAACCUCUUAUGCGUUAAGCACAGAAAGCCACGUCAGUCGCACUGUAGUUAUGUAUCUAGAAAACAUAUUAGGUGACUUAGUUCCCAUUUCUGAUCCUGUCAGUUUGUAUUCCCCAUCCCCUCAAAAACCAUGUGAGACCUCCAGAGAACACCACUGUGACCAUUGAUAGUAAUUCCUGCUGUUACCUGUAAUCAUGUCUUUAGCCGGUUUGGGGACUUGAGCAUGCAAUAAAAGAGAAAAUGAGAGCUUGCCUUAUCCUUACUGUAUCUCCUCACAAGCAUCUUGGCUGUCUCAUUGCUCUGACUGACCUGUAGAAACACUCCUCCUUGUAUUUGCUGGGUUUGUUUUCCCUUUCCCGGAGAGAUCUGUGUUCCCCAGCAGCUGAUCUCUGCUCAGUCCCUUCUCUAAUAAGUCCUGAGAAUUGAAAUAAUUCUUUGUGUUGCUUUUCCAGUCUCCCCUCCUUACCCAAGAAAUAACACUGAAAUGGUGAAGCCUUUUGAGACAACUUGAAAUGCUUUUUAUAAUCUGUAGAUGAAAUUUAGGGGAUGGGCUACCUUAAAUAAUCACACCUGCACCAAUCUCUGUUACUUCAUUCAUGUCAUUUAUCAUGAAUGACAGAAAAGGCAAGGUAUUUGGUAAGCAUUGUAAUUCUCUGUCAAAUUUCAUCUUCCCAGAGUUUUAAAAAUUUAAUUGUUUUAUUCUCUCCAUGGAUAAGUAUUUUACAAAUGAAAUUAAAUUUUAAUAUAUAUCUAGAUUUACAUGAAAAUGAAUUUAUCUGAAAACCAGUUUUAUAGAUGCCUGAGUUCUAUCUCCAAUGCUUUGUGUUAAGGAGAUAACUAGUGUUAUGGAGAGGCAAUACCAUAUAGUAGUUUUGAACUUGGGUUUUUGAAUCAGGCAUAUCUGGGUUAGUAUCCCCCAUGGAUUAUUUACCAGGUAUGUGAUUUUGUUUUUUUGUUUUUUAUUUUAACAUGUAUUUAUUUUUGAG